AUGGCUUUGGACCAACCUUCGUUACCUUCGAAUCCUAACUCCGUUGACGGUGACGGCAACGGAAAUGGGACGCCACCGUCCUCCACCGUGAAUGGCGGCGAGGAUGGGAAACCUACGGCGAGGCUGCCGCGAUGGACGCGGCAGGAGAUUCUGGUGCUUAUACAGGGGAAGAGUGACGCGGAGAGCCGGUUCAAACCGGGUCGAAACGGUUCGGGGUUUGGUUCGAGUGAACCGAAAUGGGCGUUGGUUUCGUCUUACUGUAAGAAGCACGGUGUGAACCGGGGGCCGAUUCAGUGUCGGAAGCGGUGGAGUAAUCUCGCCGGAGAUUAUAAGAAGAUUAAGGAGUGGGAGACUCAGGUGAGAGAUGAAACGGAGUCGUUUUGGUUGAUGAGGAAUGAUUUGAGGAGAGAGAGGAAAUUGCCGGGGUAUUUUGAUCGGGAGGUUUAUGAUAUUCUUGAUUCGCCAUCAGUGGCUGUGGCGGCUGCUGCCGCGGCGGCGACGACAGUUCUUCCUGUCGCUGUAUCGGUUUCGGAGGCGGUUGGUGAUGAGGAGAUUCAUAUUUACGACAGUAAUAGGAAAGUGAGUGGUGAAGAUGGGUUGUUCUCGGAUUUUGAGAAGGAUGAGGUUUUGGUUUCUUCCAAAGAUGUUCAUGUUCCUUCACCUGUUCCUAUCUCAGAGAAGCAGUUUCUACCACUCCUCAGUCGCUGCCAAGGAGAAGGCAAUGCUCAAGGUACCACCAACAAUGAGAAACAACCAGCCCCAAAUCCAGAAAUGGGUUCUACAUCUCAAGGGGAACGGAAGCGGAAACGGCUUCCAACCGAUGAAGAAGACGAAUCCAUACAAAGUCAGUUAAUCGACGUGUUAGAGAAAAACGGCAAGAUGCUAAGCGAACAACUAGAGGCUCAGAACAUCAACUUCCAACUGGAUCGCCAGCACCAGAACGACACUGCGAGUAACAUAGUUGCUGUGCUUGAUAAGCUUGCAAAUGCUCUUGGAAGAAUUGCUGAUAAAUUGUAG